AUGGCCGCUGCGUCUCCUUUGCCGCCACCGCAACAGUCGUCCGAGUCGGCCGUCCCGGACCGUAUCCGAACGACGUCGGCGUCGACGCCCCCUCGGGUCGACCUCACGCAACGCGUGACACGACACGUCUAUGUCGGGUGCAUGGAAAUGCCGCCCGAGGGGACUGCCGCCGUCGGGAUGACGGGCGAGAAGGCCGCGCCGACGUCGCUCACUGUAGCGGUCAAAGUGCGGGCGCUCACGCUCGACUCGGACCGGAACGGGGGCGGCGGUCUGCGCACGUGGCAGGAGUGGCGCACGGUCCAGCGGCUGCUGGCGCUGCAACGGGACGACGAGCAGCAGCAGCAGCUCCGGACGUUGCACCGCACUGCACCCGGUGCCGUCUGCAGUGUGGUGGACGGCCGCCGCUACAUCGUUCGCUACUACGCGACGCGCGUGGAGAGCGAGUCCUUCCGCCUCAUCAUGGAGUACUGUCCUGGCGGCGACUUGCUGUCGCAGCUGAUCAGCAGGCGGGCGCUCGGCCCCACGCCGUCCGAGCGCGUCCCGCAGCAAGAGGCCCGUCGCUGGGUCUUGCAGCUCGCACGGGGACUGCGCUACCUCCACGCGAGUGGCAUUGCCCACCGCGACCUCAGCCCCGAGAACAUCCUCCUCAGCAAAACAGGCGACGUCAAGAUUUGCAACUUUGGCGCGAGUACCACGCGAGCAGCUGAGCUCUGUCGGGACCGCGUGGCGGGCAAUUUGCACUACACGGCGCCUGAGGCGGUGAGCGGCACGCGGUACGAUGCCGUGCGGGCGGACGUGUGGUCGCUCGGGGCGGUGUUUUUCGUCCUCUUGACGGGUUCGCCGCUCCUGCGACUGCCGUUCCCGGAAUGUCGGGGCUUUGAGCUCGUGAAAACCGUGGGGUGUCGGGGAGUCCUAAAGCUGUGGAAAAUGGAUCGCCUCUUCUCAGCAGCGACGUUAGAUCUGCUGGCGAAAAUGCUCACGGUGGACGCCGCCAAGCGACUCGCGAGCAUGGACGAGGUAUUGGAUCAUCCGGCAAUGCUCGCGACAGCGCACACGGAGCAUAGUUUGAGUGCCGUCUGA